AGUGAGGAGUGACUGUGAAACCGCUGUUUGAACAAAAUCUCAUAAAACUGUAAUACAAGUCCGGAUUCGUGGCAAUCUCCUUGUUCUCCUGAUCGUGAUCAUCUUCAACAUUUUUUGGGACCAAAUUGGACUCCUUCUCCAUUCAUAAUUACCGACUUUGCCAUCAUUCCCUCACUGUUUCUUCCCAAUUAAUACUCAUUACUCACCCCAAAUAAACCCUUUCCUAGGCUAAUUAUCUUCUCUGCGCUCCUCUGUUGUCAAAAACUAUUUUUUUUUUCUUUUUCCCGAGAAAAUUUAUAUCUUUUCUCGGAAAGUUGAUUUUUUUGUUCUUCUUUUUCAUUUUUCGGUCUGCAAGUCUCAAUGGAAGAAGACGAACCGUUACCGGACAAUUUGCGGUGCAACCGAACUGACGGACGGCAAUGGCGUUGCAAACGAAGAGUCAUGGAGAAAAUGAAGCUCUGCGAGAUUCACUACUUGCAAGGGCGUCAUCGACAGAACAAGGAGGUAGUACCGGAGUCGCUGAAACUGCAAAGGACGACGACGAAGAAGAAGAAGGGACUGAACAGAGACAAAAGUAAGCGCGGCUUUCAAAUUAGGGCAAAGAAAGAGGAAAUUUUGGCGAAACUCAUGAUGAAGAGGAAGCGAUCGGGUGAGACUUUGAGGACAGUGAAGAAAUUGAAGAGAGGGAAUACGGAGAUGGAGCUUAUAAGGAUGGUGCUGAAGCGAGAGGUGGAGAAGAGUACAGAGAAGAGCAUGAAGUCGAAGACGAAAACGAAAACGAAGAAAAAUAAGGUUGUUUCGGAGAAAGAAGAUGAAGAAGACGAUGAUAGUGAGGAAGAACUCACGAGAGAUCUUCCUAAUGGUCUAAUGGCGAUCUCUUCGUCUUCUUCACCUUCACCGCAACAGUGUUCCGGCAAUGUGGGUUCUGAUUCACCUGCCCUUGUGAAAGUUGGAGUUGAUUUCCGGCCGGUUCAGCAACGACGGUUUCGGUCUAAGAACAUUGAGGCAUUGCCUUAUGGUAAAUUGCAGGUAUUGCCCUGUGCUCGAAAUGUGGGGAACUUGGGUGGGGAUAAGAGGAAGAAGAGGUGCCAUUGGUGCCAGAGAAGCGGCUCUCGGAUUCUAAUCAAAUGUUCGAGUUGCCAAAAACACUUCUUUUGUUUGGAUUGCAUAAAAGAACGAUACUUCAACUCGCAAGAAGUCAAAGAUGCAUGUCCAGUUUGUCGCAAAAUUUGUACUUGUAAGGACUGCUUGGAAAAUCCAUCUAAAGACAGUGAAAGUAAGGACUUCUUGGGGGAUAAACAUGAAGUUGAAGUGAUACUGUGUUUCCAUUAUUUGAUUUGUAUGCUUCUUCCUGUGUUGAAACAAAUAAACAAAGACCAGAAUGAUGAACUAGAAAUAGAAGCAAGAAUAAGAGGACAAAAACCAUCUGAUCUUCAUAUAAAACAGGCUGAUACUGAAUGCAGUGAGCAGCACUGCUGUAAUAGAUGCAAAGGUUUUAUACUGGAUCUCCAUAGAAGCUGCCCAAAUUGUUCCUAUAACCUUUGUUUAAGUUGUUGUCGAGAUUUACGUCAAGAAAGCUUUUUUGGAUGUACUAACUUCUCUAUCCAAAUGUGCUCUAACAAAAGUGAAACCCUUGCGUCUGCUAAUAUGCGACAGAUAGAGAAGCCAUUAAGAACCAGGCAAAAUUCUGGUAGUAAGUACCUUGAGUCUUCUGUGUCACUGCCUGAAUGGAAAGUUCAUAAUGGUAAUGGAGAUACAUCUUGCCCACCCAGGGAGUAUGGCGGUUGUGGGGAGAACCUCCUUGAAUUGAGAUUUCUGUUGCCUUUAAAUUGGACCAAAGAGCUGGAAGUAAGUGCAGAACAGAUCGUCUGUAGCUAUGAUGUUCCAGAAACUUCAGACAUAUCUUUGUGCUGCUCUCUGUGUAAUGGAAUGAAUCAGAAAGUUGGAGGAAGAAAGCAGUUGCAAGAAGCAGCUGUAAGAGAAGACUCCAGUGAUAACUUUUUAUAUUACCCUACUCUUUUGGAUGUUCAUGGUGAUAAACUUGAACAUUUUCAGAAACACUGGCUCAAGGGCCAUCCUGUCAUAGUUCGUAAUGUUCUUCCGGCUACUUCACGUGUGAGUUGGGAUCCAAUUCUAAUGUUUUGCACGUAUCUUGAAAGGAGCAUAUCCAGAUAUGAAAAUAACAAGGAUCUAUGUGAAGUUAGCAAUUGCUUGGAUUGGUGUGAGGUAGAAAUUGGUAUCAAGCAGUACUUCAUGGGUUCUUUCAAGGGCCAGACACAUAAGAAUACAUGGAAUGAGACUCUGAAAUUAAGGGGCUGGCUUUCUUCUCAGUUGUUUCAACAACAGUUUCCAUCCCAUUAUGCUGAAAUAAUCCAUACUCUGCCACUUCAAGAAUACAUGAAUCCAGCAUCUGGUCUUCUAAAUCUUACUGCAAGGUUGCCAAAGGAUAUCCAGAAGCCUGACCUAGGUCCGUGUGUUUAUAUCUCAUAUGGCUACACCGAGCAACUUGUACAGGCUGAUUCUGUCUUAAAACUGUGUUAUGAUUCCUAUGACAUGGUUAACAUUCUGGCACACACUUCAGAUGUCCCUAUCUCUUCAGAACAACUUUCUAGAAUAAGAAAGUUACUGAAAAAGCACAAGGCUCAACAAAGUCACAUGCCGUCUUCCAAGAUCACUUCAGAUCAAAACAUCAUAAACAACAUCAAUGGAAAAUCAUCAUCAUUGCAUGGAGAGGAGAUUGAAGAUUCAGCAGUGCAGGAUUUGAUUGGAGAAGAAAUGCAUUUACGAAAGAAAAUUGCUCGGGUAUCUUGUUCCUCUGCUGCCACUCAAGAAUCAUGGGAUAGAAAUCUCAAAGAGAGUAAUUCAUCCCUUGAUGUUGAAUCUGAUUCUGAUUCUGAAACUUUGCUACCUUCUUGCGAGAGUAUACAUGGCUCAGAAACAUCAGAAGACAGGAAAAGUUUCAAGGGUAACAAUAAAAGCUCCAAUCAUGAUGGGAAGAAAUCACUAGCAGUGUCUGACGGUGCCCAGUGGGAUGUUUUUCGCAGACAAGAUGUUCCCAAGCUUAUAGAUUAUCUCAAAAGGCAUUCUAAUGAGUUUGCUUGCCACAAGCAGGUUGAUCAUCCAAUUCUCGAUCAGAGUUUCUUUCUUGACACCACUCACAAAAUGAGGCUUAAGGAGGAGUUUGAGAUUGAACCUUGGACUUUCAUGCAACACGUAGGAGAAGCUGUUAUCAUUCCUGCUGGAUGUCCCUACCAGAUUAAGAGCCCUAAGGCUUGUGUUCAUGUUGUGUUGGACUUCAUGUCUCCUGAGAAUGUUACCGAGUGUGCCCAAUUGUCCGAUGAAAUACGACUACUUCCAGAAGACCAUAAAGCCAAAGUAGACAAGUUACAGGUGAAGAAAAUGGCUCUUCACAGUAUUAGUGCUGCUAUCCAAGAAAUUCGCGAGCUUACAUGUGCAACGAGGAGAAACAACGUUGAAUCCACAAAAGUAAUCAGUUCAACCUAUAAGGUAGUCACUUUAGUGAUGCAUACUUUAAGUCAUAAGUACGGAUUAUUGGGAAGAAUAGAUAAUGUAUUUGGAUAUCUUUGAUUAAAUCCACAAAAGUAUAUAAAUUUAUUAUUUAUAAUUAUAUUGAUUUGGCAGUUUGUAGAAGUGAACUAUCUCUGAACAGAUUAUUGAUUUACAAGUAUGUGCUUAACUACAUACA